AUGAGUGAACACAAUCAAUCAAGGAACUCAAGACAAAAUCCUCCUCCCGAAAUCCGCGCAUCCAGUGAAGCAACCGCUAGUAAAAGUUCGGGCAGACGCCAUGGCAAAAUUCGUCGGUUUCUAGGGAAGGUUAAGAAUGCGACUAAAAAGAUUUCUGUUCAGGAUGCUUCCUCUAGUGCAGAACAAGGCGCCAAUCCCCAAUCGGCACUUCAGACCGCCAAAGAGGCUGUGAAACUCAUGGAGCCACUUUCGGGACAUGUGACAUCUGGAGCAUCUACCGCCCAAAAUGCAUCGGCAGAUCUCGACGAUGCAUAUGAUUUUCAGGAUACAUAUCUUCAACCCCUUAGGAUAUUCAACAGCGUUAUUGGGACCCUCGCGGAUGUACGAGCCAUUCCUUUCAGUUGGAGUCGAACUAAUCCUGUUCCGUAG